CAGAACAAGACGUAUGCAUUUAGAUUAAAUUUUACAAUAAAUUCCACAAUCAUGUGCCACAACAACAGGCCGAGAAAGCGCAUCAUCAAAAAACUAUCUGUCGGCACGGUGCAAACACAGCUGGAUGGAGUUGAGCUGCUCUAUUUGCGGAGGCAUGCACAGGAAUUGCUUGUUCUUCACAUGAAGGAUCUACUGCAGCGAUUAACGGAAUCAACCAAAGAACAAGAACGCUACUAUAAUUUGUUUAAGACUACGACGGAUUCCAGCGAAAGGAUCGCAGCAGAUGACAAAUAUAAGAAAACUGUUCGUAUAAUCCACGACUUGUUUGGUGCUUCGCAACUGACCGAAAAUUAUCACAAAAAUUACGCUUAA